AUGAUACAUCCUUCGCGACAGGCGUAUGUGGAGGAGUCGCAGGACACGGAUAUGGGGGUCGACCUGGCGAAUAUACCCCUUGACCGCGAGUAUGACAUGCCCUCCGCCACCGCCGGCAUAGCUCCUGAGCGUGCCUCGGCCAUCCUCUCACAGUUCGACCGGAAACGCCGAGCAGCACAGAUCGCAGUCCCCACAGACGAUGGCCGAGUACGAACUCGACUGCGAGAGCUCGGUGAACCCAUCACGCUCUUCGGCGAAGGUCCUGGAGACAGACGAGACCGUCUUCGAGAGCUUCUGACCGUUCAAGCCGAAGAAGCAGAAGGUGGUCUCGAUGUGGAUACCCCGAUGGGUGACAGCGGCACUGGCGCGGAAGGUCAGGGCGAGCAAGAAGAAGAAUUCUACACAGAAGGUAUUGCAGAACUUCUGGAGGCACGGAGGAAUAUAGCUCGUUACUCGCUGCCACGGGCAAAAGCAAGAAUUUCUCGACAGAGAGAAGAAGCCACCAUUCCCCUCCGAACACACAUCAAGCACCGCAAGCACAUCAAAGAACGACUCGCAGGCUUCGACCUCUUUGGCACCCAGAUCGCCGGAGAGAGACCAGUCAGUAUAACACGCUUCUCCCCGUCGGGCGACAUCAUCGCGGCAGGGAACUGGAGCGGCGGCAUCAAACUCCUCGACGUCCCAAGUCUAGACGAGAAAAGCACUCUACGAGGCCACACCGGCAUCGUAGGCGGCAUCUCCUGGUUCCCCGGUUCCACCCUCCCCACCUCAACAGUCUCUGAAUCCGCAGUCAACAUCGCCUCCGGAGCCGGCGGCCAAGGUGGCGCUUCAGACAUACAUCUCUGGUCCCUGACCCAAGAUACCCCCCUGUCCACUCUGACCGGCCACACUGACCGCGUCUGCCGCAUCGAAUUUCAUCCAUCAGGCCAAUACCUGGCCUCGGCCUCCUUUGACACAACCUGGCGUCUCUGGGACGUGGAGACGACCAGCGAACUCCUCCUGCAAGAGGGCCACUCAAGACAAGUCUUCACCGUCGCAUUCAACACCGACGGCUCCCUCCUAGCCAGCGGCGGAUUCGACAGUAUAGGACGGAUCUGGGACCUAAGGACCGGUCGCACCGUCAUGAUCCUAGACGGCCACAUCCGGGAGAUCUACAGUCUCGACUGGGGCAGCGAUGGCCACCGCGUGUUAUCCGGGAGUGGGGACGGCUGGGUCAAAUGCUGGGACAUCCGCGCCGUGAAGUGCACGGGCGGCAUCGGGGCUCACAACGGAAAUGUCUCAGAUCUGCGAUGGUACAAAGGCGGCGACCUCCCCCUGCAACCGAAUCCAGAAACACAGAACAAUGCCACCCUACCCAUCAGCAACGACAUCUCCUCGUCGAAAAAGCAAGACCCAUCACCGCCAACCAAAGCAGGCACCUUCUUCGUCUCCUCCGGCUUCGACAAGAACGUCAACAUCUUCUCCGCCGACGAAUGGGCGCUCGCCAAGACCCUGAGCGGACACUCCGGCAACGUGUUGAGUGUAGAUGUCAGUCGCGAUGCGCGCUGGAUCGCUAGCAGUGGACAUGAUCGCACGGUCAAGCUUUGGGGAAGGGAGGAGGAGGAGGCCUUGUGA